AUGUCUGCAUCGGUACGAGCAUCAAAGACAAAAGUUUGUCCUAUUGUGGGUAAAUUCAAAGUCCUGAGACAUAAUGCAAAUGCUCUUCCAUCUAUAAAGGAAGUGCUGUCCAAUUAUUUGUUUGAAAAAGAUGAAUUAAUAGCAAGAAAAGUAUGUACACGGAACGUUCAUUCAAUGGCACUUUCAAACGUAUUGGAUUCGCUUCUCACCAUUUGGAAUCGCCGAGAUAUUCCUACUGCAUCGCCAAAGCGGAUCAAAUUUCUUUUCGAUAAAUUUAAUCAGCAAAGGCUAGGGCUUCUUAAGUCGCAGAAAAGAGAUAAGAACAAUCCCAGAUUUAAAGCGAAGUUGAAUUCAUUUACCAGGAAAUGUAAUGUUGUCUUUAACAUACGAGCAAGUACGUGUUCCAGUGAUAACGAAACAAACUGUGAGAGAUCUGUGAACGAAGAAAGUAAUGCUGAUCGUGUGGAAUUAUUUGAUGAUAAAGCAAUCGAAUGUUCCAAUGUUUCAUGCGAAAGAUCAAUAAGAAAAUGUAAGAAAAUACCAGAGAAGCUUUUUCCACUGCGCAAUCGAAAUCGUUUACUAUUGCCGACUGUAUCGAGCUUAUUGGAUCGAUUUAAACUUUCAAGUACGGUGGGUGCAGCUAUUUCAAGUGCGACACUGGUCGACGUUGGUAUGAUAACGGAAACAGAUAUGAGCAAUGUUAUUGACACCUGUAAAAUUAAAAGAGCCAGAGAAAAACACCGUAAUAACUUAAUCAAUUCGUCGUUGGAAAAAUUCGAAGGAUUAUAUUUUGAUGGGAAAAAGGAUAAGACUUUGGUUUUAUCACAAGAUGGAAGCAAACGAUUGGUUAUUACAGAGGAACAUCUGUCGCUUGUUAAAGAACCAGGAAGCGAAUAUAUUGGUCACAUUUGCCCAAGCAACUCGAAAGCGUCUACUGUAUUAAAGAGCCUUUCUGAUUUUUUUAAUUCAAAGGCUGAUACCGAUUUCAUGAAAAACUUGAAAGUAGUAGGUUGUGAUGGAACAGUCGGGAACACUGGAUGUAACGCUGGAAUAAUUGCAUUGAUAGAGAAGAAAAUUGGAGUACCCUUACAAUGGUUUAUUUGUCAAUUACAUGCAAAUGAGCUGCCAUUAAGACACCUCUUCCAUCAUUUGGAUGGAGGUACUGCUGGGCCAAAAGAAUUGUCAGGAGUAAUUGGAAAAGCCAUCGAAACUUGCGAAAACUUGCCAAUUGUGAAUUUCAAAACAAUGUAUGUGGAUAUUCCCGACAUAAUCAAGUUGAAUAAGGAUCUAAGUACAGACCAAGCUUAUCUUCGCGACAUAUGCAAAUUUAUUUCUGGGGAUCAACGCUACAUGGCUGUAACUAAUCGCUCACCAGGCAAAAUAUGUAAUUCUCGUUGGCUUACUACGGCCAAUCGGAUACUUCGAUUGUACAUUGGAACGAAAAAACCUACAAAGAACUUAAGAAUUCUCGUGGAAGGUUGA